AUGCAUGGAGCUCUCCAGGCUGUAUUGGCCAGCAAUAAGGAGGCAAUAAUCACUUCCAGUGGAACCAAAGGGAAAGAAGCCCUGAAGAAAAAACUGAAUAAGGUGGUAUUAGCCUAUAGCUGUGGUCCGGAUACAUCCGUCAUUGUACCGUGGUUGAGAGAGAAUUACGGGUGUGAAGUUGUUUGCUUCACAGCCGAUGUUGGGCCAAGCCUAAAAGAAUUGGAUGGGUUAGAAGAAAAGGCCAAAGCCAGUGGAGCAUCCCAAUUAGUGGUUAAAGAUUUGAAGGAGGAAUUUGUAAGAGAUUUCAUAUUCCCUUGCUUGCGAGCUGGGGCCGUUUACGAAAGGAAGUAUUUGCUUGGCACUUCAAUGGCCUGUCCGGCGAUUGCAAACGCUAUGGUUGAUGUUGACAGAGAAGUUGGAGCUGAUGCAGUUUCACAUGGUUGCACGGGAAAGGGAAACGAUCAGGUUCGGUUUGAGCUCAGUUUCUUUGCUUUAAAUCCUGAACUCAGUGUUGUUGCUCCCUGGAGGGAGUGGGAAAUAACUGGUAGAGAAGACGCUAUUGAAUACGCAAAACAGCAUAAUGUACCGGUGCCAGUGACAAAGAAGUCGAUCUAUAGUCGAGACAGAAAUCUAUGGCAUCUCAGUCAUGAGGGAGAUAUCUUGGAAAAUCCUGCAAAUGAGCCAAAGGAAGACAUGUACAUGAUGAGUGUUAGUCCACAAGAUGCUCCUGACCAACCUGAGUAUGUGAAAAUUGGUAUCGUCGCCAGAAUUCCUGUUUCGGUCAAUGGGAAGGAGCUUUCCCCUGCCUAUCUUCUUUCCGAGUUAAAUGAAAUCGGUGGAGGACAUGGGAUCGGUCGGAUUAGAUAUGGUUGA